AUGACGCAAUCACGUCAUGCUGUGCUAUGGCCCCACGACCCUCCAGCCGAGGCCAUGGUCUUCAGUACUGACGAUGCUGGGGGCUUCUACUCCAAUCAAGACACGAACAGAACCACGUGGCCUGAGACCGGACCGAGCCGCACCCAAAGUGGAUCUGAAAGCAGCAAUGAUACGUCACAAAUCAACACUCGUAUAACCACCCCCAACCUCUUUGUCGAUGGCCGUCUUGGACAGGACAACGACCUCGACGACGACGAGCCCUUCCAGACGAACCUCCACAUCGCGGCUGAGGCUGGUCAUGACAGCCUUUGA